UAUAUUUGGUCAGACAUGAGGCUGUGCUCUCCUCUUCUGCUCUGCCUGGCAGCAGCCCUGUCCUCUGCCUUUGUGAUUUCACCUCCACACAUGUGGACCAAACUGAUCCUGACCCACCACUGGCCAAGCACCUUCUGUAGUAUGGAACACUGUCAUCCUAACAUUAGCUACUGGACACUGCAUGGAUUGUGGCCAGAUAAAGGUGUUGCCUGCAAUUCAUCAUGGCAUUUCAACUCGUCUCAAAUACAGGAUUUGCUUCCAGACAUGAGGAAGAGUUGGCCUGACCUUCUCAACCCCUCGUCUGCUGGAUUCUGGAAGUAUGAGUGGCACAAACAUGGUACAUGUGCAGCCAAAGCAGCUUCUCUGAACAGUCAACAUAAGUACUUCGGCAAGGCGCUGGAACUUUACCAUAAAGUGGAUUUGAACAGCAUCCUGCUGAAGUUUGACGUCACCCCUUCUGACAAAUACUACUCAUUUUCACAGAUUGAAGGGGUCAUAGAGAACUUCUACGGCGUCAAACCUAAGAUCCAGUGCGUCCAUCCGUCAAAGAAUGCUGAUGUCCAGAUUUUGGGGCAGAUUGAGAUCUGUUUCAGCCCUGACUUCACCCUCUUGGACUGUGAGAAACAGUUUACCAUGGAAACCGCAUCUAAGGGAGACUGGGACAAUCCCAUGGCUGUUGACAAGGCCUCUGGGUUCAGUGUGUGUGACCAUGAUAUGCCAGUGUACUACCCACCUCUUCCAUAAAACGCAUACACGCGCAAAGAAAUGCAACACACACUAUAACCAAACCUUUACACACAGAAAGACGGACAACCGUACUCUUUGUGUACCAGUCAACUGUAGCAUGCACACACACACUAACUGUUCAGGCUUCACAAUGAACAUCAUAGCUUUAAUGAUAAUGUAUGUCAAAUGUAGCCUCAUACAGUCAGAGCAGUCUGAAAAUGUUCUUUACUUAGAAAAAGUCACCAUUAAGGGCAUUGUUCUUUUUAUAUCUUGCAAACACCAGGACACACACACCCACACUCUACUACUACUUAGUGCUUUAAUGGAAUUAGGUCCCUUCCUGACUCUUACUAGCAGAUGAAUCUGAUCUGCAGCUCAACAGGGGGCAUCGUGGUGACUUCAGGUUAGGCAGACAGGCAGUUUACUGUGCCUGUGUUGUUAUUGACUGUCACGAUUUUAUACCACAUUUGUGUGCCUUCUCUUUUUAUGCGGGGGUGAUUUGAUUUUUUAGUUAUUACAUAUAUGUCUUUUCAGCAGCAUAAGUAAAUCCAAUCAAUCAAAAUAGCAGGUGUUCUUUAUUAUUAAAUCACUACAGAAAUCAUAUUAGGUAACUACAUAUUUUUGUGUUUUUUGGGCAGCCAACACUGCUGGUUUCCAUCAACAUCCACAUCUGUCAGACAUUCUAAACGAGUGGCUGUUCUCAUUAGCUGCCUUCUGAUGUUUGCCAAGUACAUAGGCCAUUUUUCAGUGUUAUGUUGCAGGCCUAGCUCGGUCUGUGUCUAUGUUGCUUAAAGAGGACUGUUAGUGACAUUCGUGAGCUAAACAGUAUUUUAUAAAUUAUGUAUAGCCUAGAAAGUAAACAUAGUGUAAUGGUAUGUAGAGUAAAUGAUUCAGUUUCUUAUACAUAAUUGAUUUUUAAUUGGCCCAAAAACUCAGAACCACUCCAAACACGAUGUAUCACUAUGUCACACAAGCUCAUGAACCAGUAUUUCUGCCUGUACGGAUAAAGUGCUUGUUUCUCAAGGACGUAACAAACAUUUUGGUAGACACUAUUUAAUUCCCCACUAAUGUGUGCAAUAAUCUGUUUUCGGCGGUGCGUUUUUGUGCUGAGAUUCCUCAGUUCAAGCUGGUAAAUCAUCAUUGUCACAGUGGACAAAUGAUUUCUGAAAUGAUUGAAAUGAACAACUGUUCUGUCUUUUGUCAAUGUCAAUAAAACAAUCAAUAUGUAGUGAGUCUGCCCUCUAGUCAUCAGUGAGUUAUUAUGUAACACGCAACAUUGAUUAAAGUCUACCUAUUUACAUUUUUAAUUUAUGGAACUGAAAGUCAG